CAGCCUCUAUCCUCCAAACGAUGUGUCUCCGUAUCAUGUCAUCAUUUUUUCUGUUUUUAUCGUAGGUUCACCUACAGGUACUGCUGUCUGCCUUGGCCUCCCAGGUGUCCCAUCCGGAGAACAUGGAAGAGAACACCCUGAUUAUUUUACGAAAGGACGUACUCCGCUCUGCCACCAAGGCAUUCAGCUGGAAACGAUUCAACCUCAGAGGUUCAAUGAGAACGUUUGACAUGAUCUGUGGUCUUUCUGCUCUUGUGGCCCUGGAUGAGAUCACACAUCAGGAAAUACGAGCCAGGCUGGAAAAGCUCAAGGCGGCCACAACCCUGGAGGCUGCGAGUGAGGUCACGGAGGAAGUCUUCAAUUCUGCGUCCGCUGGGGGUCCUCAGCCCUGUCCAGACAUGGGAGGAAAGGGAAGACGUGUGGUUUGCUGCAAGGGGCUAUUUGGAGGUUUGGUUGUCAUGUGGACCAAAGGACUGGCUACUCUGGGCUUGCUGGAGGCAUCCUGCUGUAUUCAAGCAGAAGCUCCUAGCCAGACCUCUCUCAUGCAAUAGACCUCCUCACGCUCUUCCUCGUGAACUUCUCAGCCCCCGGUAGUGAUGAGAGAAUAGCUGAGAACAUAACGUAUGGCUACUGGAGGGACUGGCUUAUUGGGGUGGAGUGUAAGGAAAAUGUCAUCAAUCUUCAAUGCAACUGAUUCAUCAUCAUGUUUAAGGGAUGUUUCUUAGUCCAGGACAAGGCUUAAUCUGGGUCCUGGAAGCAGGCCUAAUAGAGGAGCUCAAGAACCAAUCAAGGAGAGAAUGUUUUUAUAUAUGAAUAGAAAUGCAUUAUACAUUUUACAUUUUAGUCAUUUUAGCAGACGCUCUUAUCCAGAGCAACUUACAGUAGUGAAUGCAUACAUUUCAUACCUUUUUUUUUUCUUCCGUACUGGCCCCCCGUGGGAAUCGAACCCACAACCCUGGCGUUGCAAACACCAUGCUCUACCAACUGAGCAACACGGGAUUAUGUGAGGAGAAGCACAUCAGCCUCUCAAGAUUCAUCCUAGGUCAUAUUGUCUGUGUUUGUGUCCUCUUCAGGGAUGUGAGUCUGACCGUCAAGAAGCUUCUGGUCUUCGUGUCUGGCCGAGGGGACAUCUCCACACUGGGCUUCCCCACACAGCCCACCAUGGAGUUCCUGCACACUCGGGGGGGAGAGACGGGUGUUCUCCACGCUGUACCUAGAGGCCAACACUUGCACUCUCAUCCUCCGUCUCCCAGUCCACUCCUCAUAUCAGCAGUUCAAGGAGUCCAUGACCUCAGGCGUACUCCAGACACAGAGGAGUCCAUGACCUCAGGCGUACUCCAGACACUCAUGUUGGCUUGAGAAGCCUCACUGGAGAAACCAGGUAGACUAAGACAGUGAGCAGGUCAAUGCCUCAGACAUCUAAGAACAAGACGGCUGUUUGGGCCUUGCAACAUGUGUCCCUCCAGUUAAUGAUCAGCUGUCAGUCUGACUGUUUCUUCAUUGUCUUCAUUAUCCCUGCAUUAUCUCUGGGCAGUUCCAGGUUCACCAUCUACAGUAUGUGAAGUUUAUCCAGGGUGGUCCUCCUGAGAAACAAACUACAGACACAAAACAAGAUGCUGUCACCUUCACCCUGACUGGGGGUUCCGUUCUAGAACACUUUGAUGUUGACACAUCUGAUGUACUAAAGUUCUGUAGAUAAUAGCCCCUGGGCCAGAGGUCCAAAGAGGGAUCCACAUGUUCCAGCUUAUUGAUUACUGUUUUGGUGACUAACUUUUAUUCAUGGCUGUGAUUACUACAUUUGUUAUAGUGCCUGUCUUUUAUUCAUGGCUGUGAUUACAUUUGUUACAUUGCCUGUCUUUUAUUCAUGGCUGUGUUUGUGUCGGUCAGAGGUACUCAGUGGCUUUUCCAUGUCAUUUACGUAAUUCUGAUUAUGUAAAUAGUUAAGCAACGAUGGAAACAUCAUAUCACCCACAUUAAACCACAACACAGACCUCCAAAUAAAUUAACUUGAAGUAA